AUGGUACCCAUGAAGGAAAUGGAAGAAUAUCUACAAGAUGAGGCUCUUGACCUUGACGUGCCUGCUGGUCAUAGGACUACCAAGUGGUCCCAUCGACAUGUUGUGGAAAUGCGACUGCAAGGAUCAAGCUCAUCACAUAUGUUUGCUGGUGUUGAAUCGGCAUUUGGACCAUCGUUUUCGGAUGCUGAGCUGCAUAAUGAGCAGGCCGUGAUUUUCCUCUAUCAAGAUGAUGAGCGACUUUUGGGCUGUAAUCCAUACACGGAUGAAGACAAGAGAUUGAUCAAGGGACGCGUGUUGAUUGUGAGUCGAGGAUCAUGCACCUUUUCUAGUAAAGCCCUAUGGGCGCAAGAUGCAGGGGCGACCGCUGUUGUUUUUGUCAACAAUGAGCCGACAUCGGGUGCAUUUCGCGCACUGACGGCAGAGAUGGAUGCUGACACCAACCACAUUUACAUUCCAAGUAUGACACUCUCUUUGGAAGAUGGCAUUGAACUUGCAAGUUUGUUGUCGGACACGGAGCUACGCAUGGAUUUUGUCAAACCAUUUGACUCAAUGUUAUUGCCAUUGUCAUUCAAAGAACCAGUUAGACUCUUAUUGCAACAGGUUCCCGUACAUAACUUUGUAAUCUUGCACAACAAUAACAAUCAUUGA